ACUUCCUGAGCUGCACAGUUGAGGCUCCGCACACAAACAGCACCAAAUCAUUGCGCGCGCGGGUGUGUGUGUGUUUUAUCUCUCACAAUGAGAGGAACACGAGUUAAUUUUGAAUUUAAACAUCAGUGAAACCCGUUUGUGAGGGGUUUGUGCUAAAACUCAAGUGUGUCAAGAACAAUGAACCUUCACCAGGUGCUCACAGGGGCCGUCAACCCCGGAGACAACUGCUUCUCUGUGGGCAGAAUAAACAACCAGCCGUUCACGGCGUACGCCUCAGGCUGUGAUGUUGUCAUUCUGGGUGGUGAUUUUGAGAGGAUCCAGAUCAUUCCAGGAGCCAAACAUGGGAACAUUCAGGUGGGCUGUGUUGACUGCUCGCUGCAGGGUGGUCAGAUCGCAGCGUCUUAUGGAAACAUUGUUUGUGUGUUUAAGCCUGUAGAGUUCAGUCCACGAGGGAAAGCACAAAAGCUGAACUACCAUUGGCAGGAAAGCGGUCAGUUUGUUCUGGAGUCUGCGGCACACAUCCUAACUUGGCAUCCCUCAGGGACAUGUCUGUUGACCGGCUCGGCGUCUCUCCAGCUGUGGUGUAAUCUACACGUCAGCCCUGAUGAUGUAGAGGAGGGCGCGUCAGUGACUCAUGGCCCCCUGAGCCCGUGGAGAUGCGUGUGGCAAUGCAAGACGGCUGCACCGACUCAUUUCAUCAAAUUUUCACCAGAUGGAGAGUUUUUUGCGACUGCUGGAAAGGACGACUGUUUGGUGAAGGUGUGGUACAGCACCAGCCGGUGGCAGGUGGAUAUCACUGAACUGUUCAGCCCCAUUGAUCUGGGCACUGGGGAAGAGAUCAAUUUCUCCUUCAUUUACCUGGCUCACCCUCGCUCCGUCACCGGUUUCUCCUGGAGGAAGACCAGCAAGCACAUGCCCAGAGGUGCAGUGUGUAACGUCUUACUGACCUGCUGCAAAGACAGCGUGUGUCGACUCUGGGCAGAAACGCUGUUACCCAGUGACUGUCUACUGUCUGGACUCAGACACAGCAACAGCAUUAACCUUGAUGUGAAGAAAUCCUCCAGCAACAGCGCGACUCAGAACGCGAUGAAUGUGAACCAGAAGCAGUCGUGGAGAGAGCAGGUGAGAUGUUUGUCUCAGCUCUCAUAUACAGGCCCUCUGCCUCAACAACAGAACAAACAUUACAGCCAUCGAACAAACAUGCUGCACGCCAAUUCACUCUGUCACUUCCACAUCGCCGCCAGCAUAAACCCUGCCACAGACAUUCCUCUGCUGCCAUCAAUCUCAUCUAUGAGCGGCUCUGAGGAGGAACCGGGCAGCGCCUUCACCGUACACUGGCUCAAUAACAAAGAGCUGAACCUGACCCUGAACAUGGAGGUGUUUCUUCAGCAGAUCAGAAGCAGCCUAGAGGAGAAUGAUACAGAUGAGGACGGUGACAGCGCAGACGGCUCUGCCGCACACUCGGUCUCUCUCCCUGCGGCUGCUGUGGAUCAUCAGAUGGACGUACUGCUGUGUAACUGGAACAGAGCCGCUGACAUGCUGUUCAGCAUCCACUCCAUGGACGGAUCGCUGCUGGUUUGGCACGUUGACUGGUUGGAUGAAUAUCAGCCCGGCAUGUUUCGUCAGGCACAGGUUUCCUUUGUGUCACGUAUUCCCGUGGCCUUUCCCACCGGCGAUGCCAACUCGCUCAGUGGAAGCGUGGUGAUGUACGCCUGCAACAAAAAUGUUGACCUGGCCAUUCAGCAGGGACGUCAGCGGCCCGCACGUCUGCCCCACUCAACCUCCGCUCUGAUCGGCUUGAGCCAGAACAAACCCGCCUCUAACGGCCUGCGUCUGAACAUCUCCACACCCAACGUCCUAAUGAUCUCCAAACACACCGACGGCUCCCUCAACCAGUGGGCCGUCAGCUUCGCAGAGGACUCCGCCUUCUCGACGGUGCUCAGCGUCUCUCACAAGUCGCGAUACUGCGGCCACCGGUUUCACCUCAACGACCUGGCCUGUCACUCUCUGCUACCUCUGCUGCUCACCACGUCACACCACAACGCCCUGAAGACGCCAGAUGGGGACACUUCUGUGCCCCACCCCACCUCGUCUCGCAGGAACAGAGUGUCAUCGGGCAGCGUCCCCCAGGACCCCAACGCUGUUUACAGCGAGCUGAUCCUGUGGCGGGUGGAUCCGGUGGGGCCGCUGUCGUUCUCGGGGGGCGUCUCUGAACUGGCCAGAAUUAACUCACUGCAUGCGUCCGCCUUCUCAAACGUGGCUUGGCUGCCCACGUUCAUCCCCAGCAGCUGUCUUGGCGAGUAUGGAAACUCACCCAGUGCCUGUUUCGUAGCCAGUGAUGGACAUUCACUGAGACUCUAUCAGGCUGUUAUCGAGGCCAAAAAACUGCUGAGUGAACUCUCUAAUCCUGAUAUUUCUAAAUAUGUUGGAGAAGUUUUUAAUAUCAUCAGUCAACAAUCUACAGCCAGACCAGGCUGCAUUAUUGAGCUGGACGCCAUCACAGACUUUCAGGGAAAACAGACGCAGCUCCUGCAUGUGUUUGAGGAAGACCUGAUCCUGGGAAAUGAGAAAUCGGACGAUUGCUUGCAGGAGUCGGACUCCAGCCGGACGCUCUUUUCCGCUCGUUUCUUUCUGGUGGUGUUGGAGUUUUCUCACAGUGGCAGAUCGCUCCUGCAUAUGUGGCAUCUUCAUCUAGAGGCAGAGCCGGUCAUUAUGGAUGAAAGUCAUACACCUCCUGCGACAUCAUCCCCUGAGAACUCUUCACAGUUUAACUUUGAGACGUUCAGCUCACCGCAAACCCGAAGAUCAAAGCUAAACACAUCAAAUCUACAGACUGCCUGUCGUCUCACUCUAACAAACGCUAAGGUUUUCUGCGAGGAACUCCAUCUGCCCGAGGAUGUCGAGGUCAUACGUGUAACACCUGCUGCAGGUCACCUGAGCUCUUCGUCUUUGCAGCCGGCCGCACGAGCGCCGUAUCUGUUUGCCACGUCCUGCUCGGAUGGCACCGUCAGGUUCUGGAGGUGUAGAGCCGUCUUUGACCCCGUUAACCCUGUGUUACCAUCAUACGUCUGGGAGGAGUGGCCUCUGUUGGUGGAGGAGAGUCUGCCCAGCAGCAGUGCUCUGAGUUUGUCUGGACAGCUCCUGGGUCUCAGCUGCUGUCAUACUAGCAGAGUAGCGGUGGCUCACAGGGCCGAGAGACCUCGGGGUGUCUCCGGUGAGCCUCUCACACACGUGAGCGUAUUCCAGUGCCAGUCCACGGGCGGAUCUCGGUGGAUACUGGAACAGACCCUUAAAGUAAGUGACUGUUAUAGCCCGGAUAGUAACGGCUUCACUAAAAGCUUGACGGUCAGGGAUGCUCGCUUGGCUGUAAACGAUUGCUCGGUACACGGCAAGAGGCGAGUCCAUUUAGACUGGGUUUCCCGGGAGGACGGUUCUCACAUAUUAACUGUGGGUUUGGGAUCCAAACUUUACAUGUAUGGCAUGCUUUCGGGAAAACUUCCAGAUAUGGGGCUGUCCUACAGCAGCCAGGAGCGCUGCUCUUCACACCUGGUUCCACUGCGAGUAGUGGAUUUGGUGUCCUCUGUCGAAGGGUCACUACCGUAUCCCGUCUCUCUGUCUUGGGUGCGAGAUGGCAUCUUGGUGGUCGGCAUGGACUGCGAGAUGCACGUCUACUCUCAGUGGCAGCCUCCUGCCCCGUCCAAGCCGGCAGCCGAGAACGGUGUCGGGCUGGGUAGCGUGACAUCUCUGCCUGCUGCAGUGAAACUGGAGGGGCUCCGUUUUAAUCCUCCGAAAAAGACGCUCACCAGGUCAAUGACUAGUUUGGCUCAGAAACUUAGCGGAAAGAAAACAAUGUACGACCUCCCGGCCGAGAUGGAGGACUCUGGAUUAUUUGAGGCAGCUCAACACCUCUUUCCCACUCUGGCCCAAUAUCAUCCAGUACAGUUGCUAGAGCUGAUGGACCUUGGGAAGGUCAAAAGGGCCAAAGCCAUCCUGUCCCAUCUGGUGAAGUGCAUCGCCGGGGAGAUCGUGCCUCUGAAAGACACCCCUGUCAACCAGGAGCGACGUCUGCGCUCCCUCACGAUCAGUGCCAGCGGAAGCACCGCCAGAGACCCGAAGAUGUUCAGCAAGAGCGAGAGCUCGGACUACACGGAGAUCGACUCUAUCCCUCCCUUGCCCCUGUACGCUCUGUUAGCCGCUGACGAGGAGGCGGCCCCCCGAGCCGAAGGACAGAUGGAUGGCAUCGACGGUCCCCGUACGUCCAGCCGAACGGACACUUAUGACGAGCUCUUUCAAGCCAGCGGGAUCGCCACGGACGACGCAGACCCUUUCGCUGUGGACGAGGAAGACGGAAAGGCCAAAGUCAUUGAUCUUUCGAAGUACAGCCCCACGUUUUUUGGCCCCGAGCAUGCCCGGGUGUUAUCUGAUCACCUGCUGCACUCAAGUCUGCCGGGCCUGACGCGGUUGGAGCAGAUGUCCCUGAUGGCUUUGGCAGACACAAUUGCUUCAACCAGCACAGACAGUGGAGAAAGUCAAGUGAAAGGCCAAGGUGGAGAGAUGCUGGAUGAAUGCGGGCUUAAGUUUCUUCUGGCUGUUCGUCUUCACACUUUCCUCCUUACGUCUCUACCUCCAGCUCAUCGAGUUCAGCUCCUCUGUCGAGGAUUGUCUACCUGUCACUAUGCCUGGGCCUUUCAUUCUGAGGCUGAGGAGGAACUUCUCAACAUGCUUCCAGCCCUGCAGAAGGGAGAUCCCACGUGGCCGGAGCUGAGAUCCAUGGGCGUGGGCUGGUGGCUGAGGAGCACAAAUAAACUUCGCAGAUGCAUUGAAAAGGUGGCAAAAGCCUCAUAUCAGAGAAACAAUGACCCUUUAGAUGCAGCUUUGUUUUAUCUUGCAAUGAAGAAGAAAGCUGUUGUUUGGGGACUGUAUAGGUCUCAACACAAUGUGAAGAUGACGGCAUUCUUCAGCAAUAACUUCAGCGAGGACCGCUGGAGGAAGGCCGCGUUAAAAAACGCUUUCUCUCUGCUCGGAAAACAACGCUUUCAACAUUCUGCUGCUUUUUUUCUAUUGGCCGGAUCUCUGAAAGAUGCUGUUGAGGUUUGUAUAGAGAAGAUGCAGGACCUUCAGCUGGCUCUGGUCAUAUGCCGACUGUACGAGUCAGAGUUUGAGAUGUCCAACACGUACAAACGAAUCCUGCAGAGACACGUGCUGGGUCAGGACCACCAGAUCCCGGCUCAUCAAGAUCCGUUCUUGCGAAGCAUGGCCUGUUGGGUCUUAAAUGACUACAGCAGGGCUUUGGACACCUUGCUUGAGGAGCCCCAUAUACGUGCAGAUAUAUUAAAUCAAGAAAUCACAGCCGCAUCGCCCUGUAAUCCUGACGUGUUCAACUUUUACACCUUCCUCCGAACUCACCCGCUGCUGCUCCGCCGUCACAUCAGCUCGGCAAAUAAAACUAAAGUGGUUUUGACCGGGGAGAGACGUGUGAUCGACUCUAUUAGUUUUGUAGAAAGAAGGCUCUUCUUCACCGCUGCUCACGCACACUUACAAGCUGGCUGUCCCAUGCUUGCGUUGGAAGUCCUCUCCAAAAUGCCGGAUGUUGUUAAACGAUCAAAUGCGCGCCUCAGACAAGACAAUUCGUCCAUGUCGUUAAGUGAGAAACAUGAAGAUCCGGCAUCUGCUCUGGACUGGUCUCGGCAAGUGUUGAACGGCUUUGAGUCGCUGUCCGAUACGCUGUCUUCUCCUCCAGAGCCAGUAAGCCAGUCGGAUUCUGUGCUCAGUUUUGACUGGAGUCAACCCUCCGUGACCCUGCAGGAUGAACCUCUGGAGAUCAAGUGGGACAGUGACAAAGGCGACUCGGAGGAAGAAGAAUCCGGACUGGCGAUGAAGACCAUCCAACCGGAGAACAGCGGCGUUCCUCUAAACGACACUUCAGAAGCGACCUCCCCGGAUAACGGCGAAGAUUCGCUCGCCCUCUCUGAGGACAUCCUGGCCGCUCAACUCAAGUUCAACUGCUGUCUGAAGAUCCUCACCACAGAAUUACGGACGCUGUCCACGGGCUACGAGCUGGAUGGAGGGAAGCUGCGGCAUCAGUUGUGCCACUGGCUGGAGCGAGGGGUGGCGGCCCUGCAGAGAUGCUGCGGUUACAACCCGUUCCUCCAACAACUGCCCGAAGGCAUCUCUGCAGACUUGAGCCGUCUCAGUGCCGGAGAUGAUCCGGAGAUCCGGGGCACGCCGGAACACGCCAGAGAUGUGCAGCGCAGACGAAGACAGUGGCUGAAGAGAAACCAACCGCUCCUGCGCAUCUUCCUCAGUUACUGCAGCCUACACGGCUCUCACGGAGGCGGUUUGGCCUCGGUCAGAAUGGAGCUGAUUCUGUUGCUGCAGGAGUCUCAACAGGUUGUCAGUCAGCAGAUCUCUGUCCCUGCUCAACAACACGCAACGGUUCCUCUUCUGCUGGCCUGGACCGCCCGCUCCAAAACUGUGGUGGCCAAUCCCAUAGUGCAUCUGACCAAUCUCACUCACGACAUACUGCACAAGAUCAAUGCUGUGGACUCUCCUCCGCACCCAGAUGUGCUCAACAAUGAGAUCUAUGUGAUGCACACGCUGGCAGCAUCUCUUUCAGCCUGCAUCUAUCAGUGUCUAUGUGAUGGACAUAUUUACAGUCACUUAAAUCCGUUCACGGGCACUGUUUAUCAGAGCGUCCUGCUUACCCAUCAGUCACCAGUGAGAAGCAUCAGCAUGGAUGAAACAUCUCUGCCCAACACAUCACCUGCUCAAUGGCCCGGUAUCGCCGCUCUUUUGCGUCUACUGAGUGCUUCAGGAGAUGAGAACCAGCCCGGUCCGUCUGUGCUUCUGUGUGAGAUUCUGACCGCGGUCUUCCUCAGUCUGUUUGUUCACGGUCUGGCCACUCACUCCACCCAUGAGCUCUAUCGUAUCGUUGCUCACCCGCUCAACGCCCGGCUCUGGGUCGCUGUGUUUGGAGGGGGUGUUAGUGUUCCUGCGGUGCAGAAGUCCAGCUCAACGCCAGAUUCAGAACUUAAGCAGAGGCGUUCCAGGCUUCAUUCCUCAUCGAGUAACUCCAGAGAUAUUCCUGACAGUCCUCUCAGUCCCAGACCCGUGACGGAGCAGGCAACAUCUGUCUUUAGAGAGCGCUUCAUUCCACCUGAGCUCAGCAUCUGGGAUUACUUAAUCGCAAAGCCGUACCUGCCUCCGUCUGACAGCCGAGUGGAAUAUGAUUCUGAAGAAAGCCAAGGCAGUGAAGAUGAGGAAGAUGAAGAUGGAGAUUUUUUUGAUGCUAACUCUCAACUAGAUGAACAUGUCAACAAUAACUCAUACAGCUGGUGUUUGAUGCGACUGGCUAUGGUUCAGAAGGUUAUGUUGAACCUCAAGAGCUUCUACCCGAUGGCCGGUCAUGACCUGUUAGAUCUGCCUGUGUGUUCACCGCUGUGCCACUCGGCCCUGAAGACCCUGCAGCGAUGGGAGCAGUUGUUGCUGCAAAGGUUGGAGAUUUUCGGAGGUCCUCCAUCAAAUUACAUCUUCACAGAGCUCCACGACGAGAGCGUGUCGUCUGGACCGGCGCUCCUGCGGCACAAAGCCCUGCUCGAACCUGCCAACACACCUUUCAAGUCUCGCAGACGUUCUGCCCUGCCCGUCAGACGACUGUGGCAGUUCCUGGUCAAACAGGAAGACGUUCAGGAAACCUUCAUACGAAACAUCUUCACUAAAAAACAAGAUCGCAGUGAGGACUCUGUGCCGGCGGAGCCCAAUCAACAUCAGAUUGAAACGGAUCUGGGCAGUCCAGGUGCCAAAGCUCGCAUCAUCCACAAGGAGCCUGACCUCAUCACUGCAUUCGCCAUCAAUAAGGCCAAUCGUAACUGCUUAGUGAUCGCCUCCACUCACGAGAUCCACGAGCUGGACGUCUCCUCCAUCCUCGCCACUCAGAUAAUGACGUGGAUUGAUGAGGAGGCGGAGAUGGAGGUCAAAGGGAAUGAUGAUUUCCUGGUGGUACACGCACGCGAUGAGUUUGGCACGUUACAUGGCGCCACGCCGUACACGCACAGCAGUCCCGGGACGCCCAUCAACAUGCCCUGGUUAGGCAGCCUGCAGACGGGCAGAGGAGCGGCCGUGCUGAUCAAACGAAACAUUAAUAAUGUGAGACGGAUGGCAUCGCACCCCACCCUCCCAUACUAUUUAACCGGAGCUCAGGAUGGAAGUGUGCGGAUGUUUGAAUGGGGACAUUCACAGCAGAUCACCUGCUUCAGAAGUCCUGGAAACCCCAGAGUCACAAGAAUACGCUUCAAUUACCAGGGUAACAAGUUUGGGAUUGUGGAUGCAGAUGGAGCUCUGAGUCUCUGGCAGACCAGCACCAGUGGAAUCACACCCAAACCAUUUCUGACGCUUCAGUGUCAUAAAACUGCCAAUGAUUUUGUUUUUGUGGGAUCAUCAUCUCUCAUCGCCACAGCAGGCCUGUCGACAGACAACAGAAACGUUUGCCUGUGGGACACACUGGUCACACCAGCCAAUAGUUUGGUUCAGGCGUUCAGCUGUCACGAGUCCGGCGCUACCGUUCUGGCUUUAGCCUCCAAACAGCAGCUGUUGAUCAGCGGAGGCCGGAGGGGUUGGAUCAGUGUCCUGGACCUCAGUCAGAAGAUCCAGAGGCAGAGUUUCCAGGCCCACGACUCGCCCGUCAAAGCCCUGGCCGUGGACUCUACCGAGGGACGGUUCAUCAGCGGAUCGGCUGAGGGAAACAUCAAGGUGUGGAGCAUGUCUACCCAGAGCCUGUUACACACUUUCAGCAACGAACACGCCCGCCAGUCCCUCUUCCGCAACCUCGGCACAGGCGUCAUGCAGAUCGAAACGGGUCCGGCCAAUCACCUCUUCUCCUGCGGGGCGGACGGUACCAUGAAGAUGCGAGUCCUGCCGAACGGCGUCGGCAGCAUCUAAACUGAUGUGAAGUUUAUAACGUAGCACAUUCUUUAUCUUUGCACACGGUAAGAGAAGCAAUACGAGAGACGCGGACAUCACUGCUCCAAUUCUUUCCCUCUCCCCUAAUAAUACAGGGAAUCGGUUUCUUUGAUCUCGGCCCUGGUUUAUCCCACGUCGGGAUGGUAUACUUACUGAAGCACAUUUCGUUGGGAUACACAGCAAGCUAACCCAUCAUAUACAUACAUAUAUAUAUAUAUAUCAGUAAAGCCUUAACUAGCCAAACAGUUGCUAAGCAAUGUUGUGAUUGUGCUCUAGAUUGAAUUAGUGAUAUAAGUGUCCUUAUAUUUCUACCUAAUAUCCAUAAUGUACCUGGAUCUCAGCUCGCUGGUUAAACAGAUUAUUGUGCACUGGUUUAAGUUGCAGAAGUUAAACUACAUGUGGUAGUUAAUGUGUUGUAAGAAGAUUGGACGGGUACUGUACAGUACUACAAUAAGCAGUAUUUAGUCUCCACAGCCCCAUUAACACGCAGGUACUGAAGCGUUACUGUUAGGUAUUAAACCAGCGGGGUAAAGAGGAGCUGAUCUCGUCCGUCCGUAUGUACAACGUGUACCUGUUGUUCAAUCAUUUUGAUGUUAAUGAAGCACUUUGUUUUUGUGUUUUUAGCUGGAAUAUCAUUCCACAGAUGAAUCAAUGUACAAAUAAAUCCUGUGUGUCUGACCUCUACUGAUGAUUACUCAGUCUGAGGAUCGGUUGAGAUCAGUCACACAGGUUAACUAGUACAGGUGAAUGAAUCACAAGUGUAGGAGAGUUUAAAGAGUGUAAAUAUGUUCAUAUAAGCUUGAUAUCAGAAUGAACAACUGGAUUAAAGAUUACAGCUCCUUUUAUUCUGCAAUGUAAAUAUGUCACUUAAGAAAUGAGCUUGAUGAAAUGAUCUGUAUAAAAUUAUGAGAACUAUUUAUAAUCAUUAAGGCAGAUUUUGGGUUUUAGAAAUAUUGUCUAGGGUUUUGGUUUUGUUUGUGUUAUUUUUUUUUACCUCCUGCCAAUGCACAAACUCUUGACUUUUGUUUCUCAUGUGAGAUUUUUAGCUGAUGAAGGUGAUCUCAAAGCUCUUUCUGAAGUGAAAUAAGGAUGAAGCUGUAGUUAUGAUGUGUAGUAGUCCAUCACGCUUCCUGCCCUUUGACCUCAAAUGUGAAUAUACUCAAAUCAAUCUAAUUUUAUAACGACAAGAAAGAUUCUGUGCAAAAUACAUCAUGACAAAAUAAAUCCAUUUAAUGCUACAACA